AUGCCAAGUUUACCUCCUCAUUUUAAUGGAAAAAUUAAUGGGAUUUUAACAAUAUCCAUAUCAGAUAUUUCAUGGUUCAAAAAUGAUGUAAAAAGUACCUUUGUACAAUUUGAAUGGACAGGAAGUCAUGAAAAGCACAAAAUUUUAACAUCUAAAUAUUCUAAAAUAUCUUAUGAUAUUCGAGCUAGCUAUAAAUUAUUUAUAAAGUAUUUAUCAACAUGUUCGUUAAAAUGUUCAGUUAAAACUAAUGAAAAUAAAUCAUUUGCUUACACAACUUUGAAAAAAAUUUCAAUAUCUCCAGAUAACCAUUUAGUCAAAAUUUUACCACUCACUAUUAAUGAAAAAACAGUUGGUACUUUAAAGUUAUGCUUUGAUUUAAAAUCAUUGAAUGACACAUCAAUUGAAAAUGAUAUAAAAUCUUUGAAAAAAAAUGGUAUUGGUGAAAUUUUAAAUCCUAAAGAUGACAAAGAAUUUUACUACUCAGAAUUUUUCAAACCAACAAAUAGUAUAAGACCUAUUAGCUCUUUAUCAUUACAGACUAAUAAAAGUAAAGAAGAAUUAACCAGUGAUUAUUUAAUGGGUAAGGAUAUGGCUCCUGAAGAAGAAGAAGAAGCGCUUAAUACUUUAAGAAUAAUGCCUUCUGCUGAAAGUGUUGUUAGUGCAGCUGAAAAGAUCAGUAUUUAUUCACCAUUACAUAUUCAAGGAAAUGCCAAAACAAUGAAUAAUACAAGGCCUAAUAUUAAGAACAUGAAAGGAAAUCAACCAAACUUAAAGAAACCUUGCUCAGAAUUGAAUAAAUGUGAACUCAAAACGGACUACUUUAAAUCAUUACAAAAAGUGCCAGUUCCAAAUGAUGAUGUGUAUUUACAUUUAUCAGUUUUUUCGAUAAAUGUUUAUCGUACAAUCAAAUCACUUCAAAACUAUAUAAAUAGCACAUAUAUUGUUCAGUGUCUUAAGGACCAAGAACCGUAUAAAUUAUUGAGAUUUAUGUCUAGACAUAUGGAUGAUAAUGUUGUAAAAUUUAAAGCCUUGAUUCUGUCAUCUCGUUUGGAAGGUGGCACAGUUAAUGGCAUCACUAUUAGAACAUGUAUACGAUCCCUCAGUAUGCGCAGUCCUAUCAUUCUUGGUGAAACAAAACAAAUGUUAGAUUGGAAUGGAUUUUCAACUGAUUUUGAUGAUUUUAGAUUUAUUAAAGUUCCUAUUUGGAAUAAUGAUAAAAUAAUUGGACAUUUAUCUUUAUCAUAUGCUUUUUCAAAAUCACUAAUAUUCCAAAAAUAUGAAGAUCAUUUUCCUAUAAGAAAUGUGGAUAAUAUAAUGGAUAUAGAAUAUUCUGAAAAACAACAAUGUGAACUUAAAACUGCCAAUAUUUCGAAGUCAGUUAAUAUAGUUAAAAAAAAUGCAGAAGAUUUUGAAAACAUCGUUAAAAGUAAUUUAAAUUUGGAUGAGUGGCUGCCAAAUGAAAAACAAACUAAGAUAAUGAAAGAAAAAGAAACUCAAUUAUUUUUGGAUGAGUGGCCAAGUAAAGUAAAACCAACUAAGGCAACAAAAGAAAAAGAAACUCAAACUAAUUUCAAAGUCCGUCAAUUUAACAAAUCAAUACAAACCUUAGUCAAAAUGUCCAAUGUUUCAGUACAAGUAAACAGUGAUGAAUUAGAAGAUCCUUUGGAUAAAACUAUUUGUUGUGAUGUACAAAACAUAUUUCGAUGCACUCAUGAGUUUACAUUUUAUAUUGAAAAAAAAUGUAACUCAACUUUCAAUUAUGUCACAUAUCAAUUUCCGGAAUGUGUUACUACUAAUACAGGGAAAGUGAUAACAUGUCAUCGAAUGCUUAGAACUUAUGGCAACACUAAUAUUUUACAUUUAAUAACAUUACCUACUACAGUUUCUUUAGAAUCUUAUUUUUACAAUAAUUAUACAAGAUCAGCUAUUGUGUUAAAUCUUCAUCAAAAUAAUAAUUAUUUACCAGAAAAAAUUUCACUACUAGUUUCACAUUUGAUUGAGAUGGGAGAUAAAUUUAAAACUUCACAUAUAACUAAAAGUUUAAUUUUAAAUAAUAAUUCAUCUAUGCAUGAAUCACGACAUGAUAUAUGUAUUAAAAUACAUUACAAAAGAGUAUAUCAUUCAUUUCCAUCUCCUGAUAAACAACUUAGAAAGUCAUUUAGUCCACACAAGUCUAUAAAAAAAAAUUCAAAAAUUAUUGUUGAUUUAACUGAAUCAGAUUCUGAUGAGACCUCUAUAAACAAAACUUAUACAUUAUUCAAACGUAAUGAUAAAUUUGAUAAUGCAACUGCUGAAAACAGUACUCAAACUGAUCCAUUAUCUGUUAAAAUAUGUUAUGAUUAUAAAAUUCAAACUAAAAAAGAUAUAAAGGAACAACCUACAAUUACUUAUGACAGUUGUAAUUUAACUGAAAAUAAAUCAGAAAAUAUAGCACAUCUAAGCUCAAGUGUUAUGAUAGAAAAUCAGCCAAAUCAAAUUAAUACAAAAAGUAAAAAAUGUAAUAUGAAUACUAGUAGUGACAUAUUUGAUGACAAUGAUAUUUUUAAAGCAAAAGUGAUAAUUGUUGGUGGUUAUAAUUUACCUAUGAUUACAUUAAAUGGCGAUACCACACCAUCAGCUCCAACUUCAUAUGUAAUUUUAGAUAACUUCUUAGGAAGUAAUUUAUCAACGUCAUCUGUUGUUCAAAAAGUAAAUCCUGUAUGGAACAGUGAAUGGACUCUCAUACUUCCGAAAAAUAAAUUAAUAGAGGGAAAAUGGCUAAUAUUAGAGUUAUGGUGUAAAACAUAUAGAAAUGAAUAUGCUGGACAUGAUGCAAAACGAGACAUAAGACUUGGAUUUAUAUUUGUAGAUUUAAGUGCACUUGAAUACAACUUUAAUCAAGCUAGUGGAAUGUAUGAUGUUAUUAGUGAAACUGAAAAACACCAAGGAAAAAUUAAAAUUAUAUUUAGUCUAAUUAACAAUAUUUAUCCUCAAAUCAAUGUCAACUAUGGAUCUCAACCAAUUAAAGAAAGUAAAAUUAAUAAACCCAAAGAAAGAAACAUGGAAAAAUCAAAUAUAAAUUUAAUAAAUGAAAUGAUUGGAAGUCUUCAAGUUGAAAAUAAUUAUGUAAAUUCAAGAAAAUAUGAAAAUCCUAUAACAGUAAAUGAAAAACAUUAUGAAUACGUGGAUCUUACGGAGGAUUCUUCACCAAAACACAAUAACACUUCUUUAAAGAAUAAGUUUUCUGAAUCGUAUCUGAAAAAUGGUUUAAAUAAAAAUGAUAAUCGAUCUGCUAUGGAAACUAUAAGUUCUGUUACCUCUUGGACAAGUUCAUCAGAUGAUAUUUUAUGUUCAAAUAAUAAUUCUCGGACUGUCAAUAAUAUUUUAAGUAAUGAAACCAAAAUGAAUCGAAUAAAACAAAUUAUUCAAGGUUAAAUUAUUAUAAGAAUUCCUCUCUCCUAAAUCUUAGUAAAUAUAACAGUAAUUAUUUAAGUAAACUCAAUAAACUUCAAAAUGUAUUCAUUAAUUAGCUUACAUAAU